AUGGAGCUUUCGGAAGUACCAGUCAUUCCAGGCAACAGCACGGAAGAAUCGGGAGCAGCGAGGCCUAGCGCUUCAUCCGCGGCCGCUCCGUCAUCUCCUCCUCUUCCGUCCGCGAAAGGCGUCGUCGCGUCGCUAGUGCGGACGUUCGAGGUCCACACGCAACACCACCACCAACACCUCGCAUUCCAACCUGGCUCUCACGAGCCUGGUGAUGGCGACGAGCCCGUUCAGGAGCGUCAUCGUCGGCGCGAAUCCCGAUGUCACGAAUCCGAGGACCAGCCGUUGCCGAAGCGCGCCAAGCUGGGUGACGUGGAUAAAGAUUCUGCCGAGCGUUCUGCUGCCGGUACAUCUUCACCAGCGCAUGCUGCUGACAAAGGACCUCGACUAACCUCACCGCGGACUGCUGACACGGACGCACUAGCAAUUAAUCCACGCUCGUUUGACGACGAGCCGGCGCUUCGUGGUCGUGGGGACGGUGCAUCUGUGGCGAGCGAUGGGCUUUGUGUUUGCGCGAAUGGCGCGAAUGGCGCGAUUGGAGCGAGUGGCGCGAGUGGCGCGAAUGGCGCGAAUAGCGUGGUUGGUGCAUUUCGUGAUGCUGCUGCUGAUGAUGCGUCCGCGGCGGGGGGAAUCGACGAGCUGUGGCGGAAAGCGGAGCUGCGUGCGGUGACGGCGGAGGUGGCGGAAAGCGAGGCGCGGGUGAAGGCGCUGAAGGCGGAGAGAGAUGCGCGGGAAGCAAGGGUUGCCCGCGCCAGCGAGAGAUGCAGGCAGGCGGAAGUGUCAAUUCAGCAAGCCACGUCAGCAGUGCACGUAGCGUGGCAUGCACAGUACUCCCUGCGGGCCGCAGAAUGGGCGGCGGCAGUGGGAGUGAGAGAGGGAGUGGCAGGAGCAGAGGAGGGGAGAAGGCGGCUGAAUCAGCUGCUGAUGCUGGCAGGAUCUGAAUCAGGGCGUGGGGGCAAUGAAACCAAAAGUAUUACACUCGGUGGCAUGCUGAUGCUGGAAGGAUCAGAGGCAGCAGCAGGGACGAGAGAUGGCUUGCUGCACGGGAAGCAGCAGCAAGAGGCGAUUUGUGGGGCGGAGGAACAAGGGGAGCAAGGAGGGGCGGAGGGACGGGGGGAGCGAGGAGCUGAGGGGGUUGGGAGGUUGGAGGGACGGCCGUUGGAUACCUUGCAUGCGUUGAAGGCCCUGCAGACAACAGCUAAGGAUCUCUCUGCAGCAUCUUUUGCUGUGUCAGAUCGUGGUGUAGACUUGGGUGCUGUAGAGGAGCAUGUGCUCAGCAUCAAUAAGAAAUGGUUAAGUUAUUUGAAAAUGCAGCGUUCUGUGUCGAACGAAAAUGCUGUGGAUUAG